AUGGCCAAAAUGGAGGCGAAAUUGUGUGUUCUCGUGACGAUGGCAUUGUUAGUAAUGUUAGUGGUGGUAGUUAAUGGAGAUGAAGCAUCUCCUGUAAAGACGGUAGUGAAGAUAGUGAAGGGAAAGAAGGUGUGUGGCAAGGGAUGGGAGUGCAAAGGCCUGUCUGCUUAUUGCUGCAACCAAACCAUUUCUGAUUAUUUCCAGACCUACCAGUUCGAAAACUUGUUUUCGAAACGUAACACUCCUGUGGCUCAUGCUUCGGGAUUUUGGGAUUACCAUUCUUUUAUUACUGCAGCUGCAGAAUACCAGCCUCACGGAUUUGGUACCACUGGAGGAAAACUUGCGGGGCAGAAGGAAGUUGCUGCUUUCCUUGGGCAUGUUGGCAGCAAAACCUCAUGUGGUUAUGGGGUGGCCACUGGAGGACCGUUGGCCUGGGGUUUGUGCUACAACAAGGAAAUGAGUCCCAGCAAGAUAUACUGUGAUGAUUACUACAAGUACACAUAUCCUUGCACUCCUGGAGUUUCAUAUCAUGGCAGGGGUGCCCUGCCUAUUUACUGGAACUACAAUUAUGGAAAAACUGGGGAAGCCCUGAAGAUUGAUUUGUUGAACCAUCCAGAAUUCAUUGAAAACAAUGCUACACUAGCUUUCCAGGCUGCUAUUUGGAAGUGGAUGACACCAGAAAAGAAGCAUCUCCCUUCAGCGCACGAUGUAUUUGUUGGCAACUGGAAGCCUACCAAGAAUGACACUUCGUCUAAGAGAGUACCUGGAUUUGGCACCACCAUGAAUGUUCUGUAUGGGGAUCAAGUUUGCGGCAAAGGCGAUGAUGAGUCAAUGAACAACAUUGUCUCUCAUUACCUAUAUUAUCUAGACCUGAUGGGUGUUAGCAGAGAGGAAGCUGGGCCGAAUGAAGUGCUUAGCUGUGCUGAACAGGUUCCUUUCACCCAAGCCUCUGCCUCUGCAUCAUCUUCUUGA